AUGGAUGUCAUAACCACACUCAAUAGUGGUUUUGACAAGACUUUUAAGAAGGUUGCAUUUCUUAAUUUGCCGAUUUCUAAUGAGAAAUUGCAGCCAUCAAUUAUUCAAGCUCCUACACUUGAAUUGAAGCCUCUUCUGGAGCAUCUCAAAUAUGUUUACUUGGGGAAGAACGAGACACUUCCUAUUAUAAUUGCAAGAAAUCUUAACCAAGGUCAAGAAGAAAAAUUAAUGAGAGUACUCCGAGAGUAUAAAACAACCAUUGGUUGGUCUAUUGCGGAUAUUAAGGGGAUUAGCCCUUCCAUGUGCAUGCACCGAAUUUUACUUGAAGAAGGGUCUAAACCAACACGUGAGGCGCAACGGAGAUUGAAUCCACCUAUGAUGGAGGUUGUGAAAAAGGAGAUACUGAAGCUCCUUAGUGUGGGUAUUAUUUACCCAAUUUCAGACAGUCAAUGGGUGAGUCCUGUUCAGGUAGUGCCAAAGAAGUCAGGAAUCACAGUGGUAAAGAAUGAUGAAAACGAGCUGGUACCAAAAAGAAUGCAAACCGGGUGGCAAAUUGUUAUAGCUCCUGAAGAUCAAGAGAAGACAACCUUUACAUGCCCUUUUGGUACAUUCGCUUUCCGACGCAUGACGUUUAGGUUAUGUAAUGCUCCGGCCACAUUUCAGCGAUUCAAGGGAAUAGAGGUUGAUAAGGCAAAGAUUGAUUUAAUUCGUUCUCUACCAUCUCCGACUAGUGUGAAAGAAGUAAGAUCAUUCCUUGGUCAUGCAGGGUUUUAUCGGAGAUUUAUAAAGGAUUUCUCUAGAAUUUCCACACCUCUAUGCAACCUUCUCCAAAAAGAUGUAAAGUUCGAAUUUAAUGACAAGUGUUUCAUGGCUUUCAACCUAUUAAAAGAGUCUCUAACUACAGCUCCUAUAAUUCAGCCACCGAAUUGGGAGUUACCAUUUGAACUCAUGUGUGAUGCAAGUGACUAUGCCGUGGGCGCUGUUCUUGGGCAACGAGUUGACAAGCUUCCUCAUGUUAUAUAUUAUGCUUCUCGCACUCUUAAUGAUGCUCAACUUAAUUAUUCCACCACUGAAAAAGAGCUCUUGGCGGUCAUUUUUGCAUUGGAAAAGUUUCGGUCAUACUUGAUUGGAACUAAAGUGAUUGUGUAUACCGACCAUGCUGCCCUUCGCUAUUUAUUGGCAAAGAAAGAAGCCAAGCCUCGGCUGAUCCGGUGGAUUCUACUUCUUCAAGAGUUUGAUUUGGAGAUAAAAGAUAAAAAGGGUUCGGAGAAUAGGGUGGUGGAUCACUUGAGUCGUCUUAUUCGGGAUGAAGAUAAUUUGCCCAUAGAAGAAAAAUUUCCCGGAUGA